AGAUCUCAAAUUAUGGUUUCCCCAAAGAAGCACCAGUGAUAUCAACAGAGGAAAGCAACCAGGGGCAAAAGGAAACAUUGAGAAACUGAUUAAUGAACUGAAUCCGCAGUUGAAGCAAAUUUUUGUAGAUUGUAUAAGAAAAAACAAGCUUCCAUUACCUGUAACGGGAGAGGAAGGUGCCUCAGAGGCUUGGUACAUGGAGUAUCUUAAGUUGUUAUUUUCUUGGCAUGAUGCUCCUAGGAGGAAGUUGGCUACAGAAGGGCCUCAGAGCAGUUUAGGACCAUCUGCCUCUGCCCCUUCACCUGGCCCUGCCUCUGCCCCUGGCCCUGCUCGAGCUGCUGGAUCAAGAUCUCAGUCACCUGCACCGCUCCCUCCUGGUCGCCGACGUCGCGGUUCAAGUCCCCCUGCUCCAACUCCUCAGAAUUCUUUUUUCCCACCAAUAGGAUUAGAACCUCCACCACCUGGUCCUUCUGGAAGUUCAAACUCUGGUCCAGAUGUUCAGCCAAAAGAAAGGAAUGACCAUAAACCAGUUAUUAUUGCUGUUGCUGUAACUGCAGCAGUAACAUUUAUAGUUGCAGCAUUAUUCUUCUUAUGUUGUAGUAAGAUUUGUAAGAAGGGUGGAGGUAGGCGAAAUGAUGAGAGGCCUCUUCUCAGCUUAAGUUUAAGCGAAUACUCUAUUGGUUCAUCUCUCGUGUUGGGAGAUUCUAUUAAAGAAGAGAAACUUGGUCAUCAACCAUUUGGCAAUAACACAGACCACAACAAAACUCCCUUAUCCUUUUACUUGGAAUCUGAUGUUCAACCUAACUCGCUUAAUGAAAAGCUAUCGCUAGAAGCUGUCGGUACCACUACCAAAACUACAACAGAAUCCUUCAACUCCUCUAGCAAUAUAAAUGGACAGGGAAUACCUCCUUUGAAGCCUCCUCCUGGAAGAAUGAGUAAUGCACUUCCAGGACAGCCUCCUCUAAAUCCACCUCCUCGUCGAGCACAACCUCUCCCACCCAAACCACCUGCUUCUCUUAAGCCUCCCCCCAGCAUGGCUGCUCCACCACCACCUCCCCCUCCAGCACCACGUCCUCCCCUAAAAUCAUCAGCAGCUAGUGCAGGCCCACCACCGCCUCCUGCACCACCUGGUCCUCGUCCACCACCCCUACCAAAGAGUGGUCUUGCUCCGCCUCGACCACCUCCACCAAUAGCCCCUGGUGCAAAGGCACCUCGACCGCCUUUUAUGCCAAAACCUCCAUCUAGCGAAGGAGCUGCCUUAGAGAAUGAAACUGAUGCUACUAAAGCGAAGUUAAAGCCAUUUUUUUGGGACAAAGUCCUAGCAAACCCUGACCAUUCAAUGGUUUGGCAUCAGAUAAAAUCAGGAUCAUUCCAGUUUAAUGAAGAGAUGAUAGAAACAUUGUUUGGAUAUGCACCUAGUGACAAAACUAAAGUUGGACAAAAAAAGGACUCUUCUUCACAGGAUCCUUCUCCUCAGUUCAUUCAGAUCCUUGACCCAAAGAAAGCACAGAAUUUGUCAAUUCUUCUGAGGGCAUUAAAUGUUACAACAGAAGAAGUUUGUGAUGCACUUCAUGAAGCUAAUGAGCUUCCUGUGGAACUCAUCCAAACUUUGCUGAAGAUGGCACCGACAUCUGAUGAAGAACUGAAGCUCAGGUUGUUUAGUGGUGAACUAUCUCAACUCGGACCUGCAGAGCGCUUCCUAAAAGCCUUGGUUGACAUUCCAUUUGCUUUUAUGCGACUGGAAGCACUACUUUUCAUGUGCACUCUCCAGGAAGAGGUUGCCACGACCAGAGAGUCAUUUGAAACCUUAGAGAUUGCUUGCAAGGAACUCAGAAACAGUAGAUUGUUCCUCAAACUCCUAGAAGCUGUUCUUAAAACUGGCAAUCGGAUGAAUGAUGGAACAUUCCGUGGUGGUGCUCAAGCAUUCAAGCUGGACACACUUUUGAAAUUAUCAGAUGUCAAGGGAAUAGAUGGGAAGACCACCCUCCUGCACUUUGUUGUCCAAGAAAUUAUUCGCUCUGAAGGGCUGAGGGCUGCCCGUGCAGCUAGAGAUAACAGGAGUUUCUCCAGUGUUAAAACAGAUCUUUUGCUCGAGGAAGUUAAUGAGGGUUCUGAGGAACACUAUCGUAGUCUUGGUCUUCAGGUGGUUUCAAGAUUGAGCAGUGAACUUGAGAAUGUCAAGAAAGCAGCAAUUUUAGAUUCUGACAGUUUAACUGGAACUGUUGCCAAACUUGGCCAUGCAUUGUUGAAAACCAGAAAUUUCUUGAACACAGACAUGAAGAAUUUACAGGAGGAAAGUGGUUUCCACAAAACAUUAAAAAGUUUUGUGCAGGAUGCUGAGGUAGAUGUCAUGUCGCUGCUGGAAGAGGAGAAAAGAAUAAUGGCUCUGGUGAAGAGCACUGGUGAUUAUUUCCACGGGAAUUCCGGGAAGGAUGAGGGAUUACGUUUAUUUGUCAUUGUGCGGGACUUUUUGAUAACUUUAGACAAGGCAUGCAAAGAUGUGAGAGAUGCACCAAGGAAGACAGCAAGAGCACAGAAGAAAGAGGCUUCUACUGCAUCAGCUUCUGCUGAUCAUCAUCGUCAGACACCUUCUAUUGAUCUUCAUCAGCGACUCUUUCCAGCAAUCCAAGAAAGACGGACAGAUGAUUCAAGCUCGGAUUCAGAUGACUAGACUCCAUACUUUCACUUAGAAAGAUUUAUUCAGAUGGCUGUGUAGAUGGGAGUUUGAGGACGAUGGUUCCCACUGGUCUCACUCACGGUUGUGGUGAUCUUUCAACAAACAAGACGUUCUUCGAUUCUGAUAAAUGGAGAGUGAGGCUGAGUUUAGAGCCGGUAUGACUUAAAAAGUUUAGAGAGCUGUCAUGUUCGGGGAACUACUGUAUAUGCACUCAUGUUGGAAGAGAAAGGAAUUUAUUCAUAAAAUUCACUUGAUUCUUGCUUUGUGCAAAAUCCCAGAUUGUGCAUUAGCAGUUGUAUAGGAGUGAUGUACUUUAUUAAUUUUUGAUACCUUUUAAAAAGAAUCACGUCUUGUUCAUAAUUUUAAUCAAAUGUUGCAAGUCAGAAAUAUAGGACAAGUUUCUUAUAUUGUACGUAUAAUUAUUUCUGGUA